AGCGCAGGCAGUACCAGCAAUCUCACAAAUUGCCAAUCCGACACACCUCACGACUUUGCGCUACAUAUUCACAUACAAAAUCCUCCAAGAAUACGAUCGGUCUGUCACCUCGGCCACUCCUCCGCCAGAACGCUUUGUGAACACAUUGCCUGCACCUCCGGCCCUCUCCCUGUAACUAGCUGCCCAUCAUGGCAGACCGUUUCCCUUCAAUUGAGGACAUUGAUGCUGGAGAGACAGACGUCCGACCCGACUCCACAGCGCAAGGCAGCUUUCUCGAGCGAGAACGAGCCCUCUUAGGUGAAGACGCUGAUCUCUUUGCUGCCAACGACAAGCCCGGCGCCGCUACCGUAGAAGACGGUGAUGACGACCUUCUCGGCGGCGAUGACGGCGAUUACACAUCUGCCCCGGCGCAGCCAUCAAGCGGAGCGCAGGACGAUCUGAAUGACUUCGAGAGUUCUUUCCCUGCCAUUGACACACGAAAUGAUAACAUCGGACCCGGCGGCACCAUCACAGACUCCGCAACCCCUUUUCACGGGGGCUACACGAACUACACAGCGCCUUCACAAGAGGAAGAGACCGAGCCGAUUCGAGCAUGGCGAGCCAAGAGAGACGCGGACAUAGCCCGCCGAGACGAAGCCUCCCAGCGCAAGAAGGAAGAAACCAUUUCUACGGCACAGAAAGAUAUUGAUUCGUUCUACGAAUCCUACAACCGCAAAGUCGACAAGCAGAAGGCUCAGACCGCGAAGGAGGCGGAGGAAUUCCUCGCGAAGAGAGAAGACACAACGGCAGGAGGCACGGCUUGGGAACGAAUUGCGAAACUUGUAGACUUGAGUGGAAAGGGUCAGCAAGGCGGCGGAGAUGGCUCCUCAAAGAAGAGAAUGCGCGAAUUACUGUUGAGCCUGAAGGCCGACAAGGACGCGCCAGGUGCCUCGGGCGUCUAAGUUUCCGACUCACAUCCAUGAUGAGUACUAUGAGGGAGAAGAGCACUGGCCAUUCGCCUACCAUCAGUCAUGCUUCGAACCCAUAGAAGGUUGGGGAGUUGGGUCCUGCGGCUGUCGUGCUCGAUAUCUUUUGGGCCAUUUGCCGGGACGGGCAAGCCGAUCUGCGGCCUUCGAAGAGACACAUUCGGAUUAUUAUGCGGGAAAAGGUCUACACCGGCAUGGUAGAGUACGAUAAUGACUGGUAACAUUCAAUGCAUGGCUCUGCACUACUUGCACA